AUGCCAAUCAAUGAGGAGGCGGGGCACCACUGUCCAAGACUUCCACCCUCCAAAAAAGAAAAAUCUCUGAACAGAGAAGAAGAGGAGCGAGUGAGAAGGAGGAGAGGGAGAGGAGGAGCAGAGGGAGUGAGGCAGGAGCAGAGGGAGGACGCGGAGCACGACACCCGUCAGCAGAAGGACUCAAUGGAAUUAAAAGUGCGCAGUACUUUCCCCGCGUCUUGGACCAUGUGCACCAGGAGGUGCACCGGGAGAAGCACGGGAGGAGAGAGGAGCCACGUCUGA